UAUACCCAGCGCUGUCUGUUCCUGGUUCCCAGUAUACCCAGCGCUGUCUUCCCCUGGUUCCCAGUAUACCCAGCACUGUCUGCCCCUGGUUACCGGUAUACUCUGUGUUGUCUGCCCCUGGUUACCGGUAUACCCAGUGCUGGCUGCCCCUGGUUCCCAGUAUACCCAGUGCUGGCUGCCCCUGGUUACUGGUAUACUCUGCGUUGUCUGCCCCUGGUUACCGGUAUACUCUGCGUUGUCUGCCCCUGGUUCCCAGUAUACUCUGCGUUGUCUGCCCCUGGUUACCGGUAUACCCAGUGCGGGCUGCCCCUGGUUCCCAGUAUACUCUGCGUUGUCUGCCCCUGGUUCCCAGUAUACUCUGCGUUGUCUGCCCCUGGUUACCGGUAUACCCAGUGCUGGCUGCCCCUGGUUCCCAGUAUACCCAAUGCUGGCUGCCCCUGGUUACUGGUAUACUCUGCGUUGUCUGCCCCUGGUUACUGGUAUACUCUGCGUUGUCUGCCCCUGGUUACG